GACCAACCGAGCUCCUCUGAAGCAAGUUCUGGGAAAGCAUCUAGCUCAUAUGGAAGCUCAGUGGAGAUUACAUCAAGCUCAAUGGAGAUUACAUCAAGCUCAAUGGAGAUUACAUCAUCAUCAUCAUCAUCAUCUGGUACAGAACUAGUGUCUUUGAUUUCCAGCUCUACAGACAUUUCUUCUAUUGAAUCAUCAAGUGCUUCAUCAACUGUUUCAUCAGUUCUGUCUUCAACUUCAUCAUCGAGUGAUUUAUCAAAGGCAUCAGUUUCAGAUUCUUCCACAAGUUCCUCGUUUAGCUCUAGACUUUCUUCAAGUUCAAUUGUGGGUUCAUCCUCUGAGGUCUUAUCAACACUCACAUCAAGUGUAUUUACCUCUAUCCGGUCAACUUCAAGUUUAGAGAUCUCAACAAGCUUAUUAUCAUCAUCUACUGCUGCUAAUUCAAGUGGUAGCUCUGAGGCUCCAUCACCAACUACAAGUUCUAUCAGAAUCAGCUCAGACUCGUCAUCAGUUGUUACUAGCUCUUUGAUAUCAACCAGUUCCCACAUUGGUACAACUAAUAUUGGUCCUGAAAGUUCAUUGAUUUCAUUAAGUUCCUCGGCUUCAUCUUCGGUCACAACAUCAAGUUCAAGCUUAAGCUCAAGCUCUGUAUCUUCACUAAUGACCUCUUCAUCUGCCAACGUUGUUCCUUCUUAUUCAUCUGUGGAAUCUAUUGAGUCAAGCUCAGAUGCUUUUACGACAGCAAGCAUCUCAAGUUUAAGCUCAGGAAUGAACCAACCAUCAGGUACCUCCCAAUCUUCCGUUUUGUUGACUUCAAGCUUAUUGCCACCAGUUAUUUCAUCUACAGUUUCAAGCUCAAUAGUUUCAAUACCAGUAUACUGGAAUUCAUCUAUUGCGCCAACCUUCACCAUCAUCUCACCAGCACCAUCAGCUUCCUCCUUAGAUUCAUCAAUUUCUGUCACGGUAACUUCUGGUUGGAUUAUAUCUUCAGAUUCAAGCUUUGUCGGUUCAUCUUCAAGCACACAGUUAUCAUCUUCCUUUAGCUCGAGUGUUUUAGCUUCAUCAAGUGGCUUACCUGUUAGUGAUUCAACCGUUAGCUCCUCUAGUUCAUCAGCAAUUUCAUCUGCUUCUGUUUCAUCAACCCCAGGAAAUAGUGACACCAGUUCAUUUUUGAUCGUGACUUCAACAGCAAGCACAGACGCACAAUCUAGCUCCUCUAGUGAUGGUUAUACUGCAUCUAUUUCAAGUUCUUCAUCAACUGUUUCUGUUGGUCCUGUAUCAACUGAUUUGGGUAUCAGUGAUUCAAGCUCUUCUAUGAUUGAUAGUGCGUCUUCCACCCCAGAAUCUGCUGUUUCAUCCAUUAUUUCUGCUUCAACAACUCCAAUCUUGGAAAGCUCUACCACUGUUGAAUCUACUUCAUUGGUUUCGGUUUCACUAAGUUCUGUUUCUUCAACUAUUGCUACUGAAAGUGGGUUCACCUCCAUUGUCUCAACUUCUUCAAGUGACCCAACUAACACUUUUGAAACAUUGUCAUCCACAAGCUCAGAUGAUGAACAACAAUCAUUAUCAACAACUGCAUCAACUGAAUCAUCUUCACAACUAUCCACUUCCUCGGUGGGUCCUGUUUCUGAGUUGACAUCAAUAGUAUCCAGUUCAAGAUCUGAAGUUCCAGAGCAAGAUUCCAGUUCAACAUCAGUAUCUGCAAUAGAGUCAAGCUUUUCUACUUCUUCAAGUUCACCAUCAGGGCCAUCUAACCCAAAUGAACCAUCAUCAAGUCUAUCACCAAGCUCAACUAGUCCAAUUGUACCACCAUCAUCAUCAGCUAGUCAAGCUUUGAGCUCUUCAUGGUGCCCAACCUGUGUUUCCAGUACAUCAUCUGAAUCAAAUCAUUCAAUUGAAACAACAAUGAUUUCUCCAAGCUCAAAUGAACCCUUAUGUCCAACUUGUACAGGUGGAUCAGUUACCACCUCAGAAGAUCCUGCUAUUACGACUACAGCUGCUAGUGAGUCAGAAUCUGCUGAUUUUUCAUCAAGUUCUUCAAAGGUUGGUAGUAGCUCAAGUGAUGGUUUGUGUCCAACUUGUUUGAGUGGAAUAACUACAGCAACUGAUGAUCCUGCCUUUACAACUACUAUUGGUACUGAAUCAAGCUUUACAGGUGUUACAUCCAUUGCUGGUAAUUCUGGUAUUGUUAGUAGCACAUCCGGUGAUUCUGAGGCUACCAUUACUUCAACAGGUAUUGUAAGUCCAGUGGAAUCAAAUUUAUUCUCAAGUGCCUCCAUUUCAGCUGUCAAUUCAGGAAGUUCUGCCUCAUAUGUACCAUCAGCUUUGAGUUCAAUGAUAGAUUCUGCAUCCUCAGCUUCAACAUCAAUUUCAGCAACUGAAUCUGAUUUGGCUACUGAAACAACUUCAAAUAUCCAAUCUACUGGCACUAUUUCAACUAUCUCUGCUGGUCCAGACUUCACAUCUGUUACACCAACUUCAUCAAGUGGAUCCUCAUUCUCAAAUGCUGAAAGUUCUAUUAGUGAGAACUCUUCUAAUGAGGCACCAUCAUCAAAUCCAUCAUAUCCAGUUGCUUCUGAAGGGCCUUCUGAUGAUUUGUCAACCCCAAGCCCUACAACCUCAAAUGGUUCAAGUAAUACUUCCACUAACUCUUCAGAUAUUAUCCCAGCCUCAAGUGUCAUGAGCUCUACAGUCUCAACAACUGUCACUCCAACAGCUGCUAAUGAAGGGCUAGGUAGUUCUGGUGCUGAAUCAAAUGCGCCAGCUCAAGAUCAAGAAACUUCAAGAGUUAGUUUACAACCUGCUGCUUCAACUGUUGGUGUUGAAACAAUUUCAAGAGAUACCACAGUCACAAAGACCACACAAACUUCAAAUUCACAAGUUACAACAACACCAGCUGAUGUUAUUUCAAAUUCUGCACAAUCUACAGCUACUAUUUCUUCAAUUUCAGCAAAUGGUGUCACUUCUUCAACUUCAGUGUACACCACUAAUUCAUUUUUAACUUCUUCAUUAUCAUCAUCUCCAGUUUCUUCUGGUUCCAAUGAUCCAUCCAAUACCAUUGCAAGUAUCUACGAAGGUAGUGCUUCCACAAACCACAAUUUUUCAUUCUUUGGGGUUGCUUUAUUAUUAUCAUCUUUGUUUUUCAUUUAGGACAAUGAUUUGUUUUCCUUUGCUUUUUACUUUCCAUUCCGCGUUUUAUUAUAGACUUUAUUACAAGAUUUCAAUACUAGUCCACCCUUUAAUUAAUUUGAUACCC